UAAGCCUAUCCAAAAAGAUAAGCAGUUUAAUUCACUUUGAGUUUUCAGUUCAGUUGUUCUACGGCUCCAGAAAAAAAGGAAAGAAAAGAAUGGCAUUUCCCCAUCUUCCUUCAUCUCUUGCACUCAAAACUACUUGCCGCUCUGCAUUGACACCAGUACCCAUCACUGUCUCGUCUCGACCAAUCCAAAAUCCUGCUAAAUUCACCAAUUGGGUCCUCGAUUUCCGUUCCAAAUCUUUGAAUUUUGCCUUCUCUGGGGCUCUCGCGCUUGGUCUAUCUCUCCCAGGAGUUGGAGUUGCUGACGCAAAAGUUGGAGUUAACAAGCCAGAACUCCUUCCUAAAGAGUUUACUACUGUUAUAGAUGUAGCUGGGUUCCUUUCUGAUGGCCAGGAGAAACGACUUGCAGAGGAGAUUUCUGAUAUUGAAAAGGAUACCGGAUUCAAAUUAAGAGUUUUAGCUCAGAAUUAUCCUGACACACCUGGAUUGGCGAUUAGAGACUUUUGGCAAGUGGAUGAUAGAACAGUUGUCUUUGUUGCUGACCCCAACUUUGGAAAUAUUUUAAAUUUCAAUGUGGGGGCAUCUGUUGAUCUAGACAUUCCCCGUAGCUUCUGGAGCCGUUUGGCUGGGAAAUAUGGAAACAUGUUUUACUGGAAAGAGAAGGGGGAAGAUGCUUCUAUUGAAGCUGCUGUGAUGGCAAUCUCCAGUUGCUUGAGGGAACCUGUGGGCCCAAAUAAUUGCUCUGAGGUGAAAUGAUACUGACAUGAUACCGGUUCCGGCAUGCCAGAUUCUUUUCUAUUUAUACUCCGCUACUUUUUCCAAGUGCUGUAUAAUUAUAUUUACAGACUAGAGUUAUGUUUGUAAAGCACAUUUAAAUUUCAGUACAAACUACAAAGAAGCAAAAAAUAAAAAAAGAAAAUGGGGAUUUUAUGAAUCAAGUACAGGUCAAUGAAGUCGAUCAUUGCAGCU